CAUGUCGUAUCCGCCAUAACAGUUUACCGAAGAAAACAUGUGCACGCGUUGUGUCUCAGAAAAUCGGAAACUCGGACAGUGAAGUAAAGAACGUAGAUAAAUGUGUAUAAAUAUCUAAAAAAAUGGCUGAUUUCGAUACAGAUUUGUUCGACGCUUUUGAGGAAGCGAACGACCGUGUUGUAGAAAUAAUUCCACAACCCACAGAGGGAGAGCCUAAAAGUCCCACAAAUGAAUCCAAACAAGAUGAGAUUGACGUAAAUCUCAAACGAGAACAUGACGAAGAUGACGACAUAGGACCAAAGAGAAUAAAAGUAGAAUCGAUCCUCGAUGACAUCAACUUAGAUGAAUUAAUCUCUCAAAUAAAGGUCCACAAAAUAGAAACAAUAGAGUCGUGUACUCACGAAGUGGCGCUUCCUUCCGAGCAGGAAUACAUUCCACUCGAGGUGAAAACUGGCCCUCCUGCAAAGGAAUACAAAUUCAUCUUGGACCCGUUCCAACGUGAGGCGAUCCUUUGCAUCGAAAAUAAUCAGUCAGUCCUGGUCUCAGCCCACACAUCGGCAGGAAAAACCGUGGUGGCAGAAUAUGCAAUAGCAUGUUCUCUCAGAGAUAAGCAACGAGUAAUCUACACAACUCCAAUCAAAGCUCUGAGCAACCAAAAAUAUCGCGAGUUUUACGAAGAAUUUAAGGACGUUGGACUUGUGACAGGGGAUGUUACCAUAAAUCCGACAGCCAGCGUCCUCAUCAUGACUACAGAAAUUCUGAGGAACAUGCUGUACAGAGGAUCGGAAGUUAUGAGAGAAGUUGGUUGGGUGAUUUUCGAUGAGAUUCACUACAUGAGAGACAAGGAGCGAGGAGUUGUCUGGGAGGAGACAUUGAUCCUUCUCCCUGACAAUGUUCACUAUGUUUUUCUCUCAGCCACUAUUCCCAAUGCUCGACAAUUUGCUGAGUGGGUGGCGCACCUUCACCACCAGCCCUGCCAUGUUGUUUAUACUGAUUAUCGCCCGACUCCGUUGCAGCAUUAUAUAUUUCCAGCUGGAGGCGAUGGCAUUCACUUGGUUGUAGACGAAGACGGCCACUUCAAAGAGGACAAUUUCAAUAGAGCCAUGGCUUAUCUUCAGAAGUCUGGUGAUGCUGCUAAAGGUGACCAAAAGGGAAGGAAAGGAGGGUUUCGAGGAGGUUCAGCUGGUUCUUCUAACAUCUUUAAAAUUGUUAAAAUGAUCAUGGAGAGAAACUUCGCCCCAGUGAUAAUUUUCAGUUUUUCUAAAAAGGAUUGCGAAUUAUAUGCUAUGCAGAUGGCCCAAUUGGACUUUAAUUCGUCUCAAGAAAAACUCUUAGUAGAUGAAGUCUUCAAGAAUGCAAUGGAUGUGUUGAGUGAAGAGGAUAAACAAUUACCUCAGGUGGAGAAUGUCCUCCCUCUCUUGCGAAGAGGAAUUGGAAUUCAUCAUGGCGGUUUACUUCCAAUUUUAAAGGAAACUAUCGAGAUACUUUUCGGCGAGGGCUUAAUCAAAGCAUUAUUUGCAACUGAGACAUUUGCUAUGGGAUUAAACAUGCCUGCUAGGACUGUAUUAUUUACCGCCCCGAGGAAAUUUGAUGGUAAGGAGUUCAGAUGGAUCACAUCAGGUGAAUACAUUCAGAUGUCUGGACGCGCUGGUAGGAGAGGCCUUGACGAAAAAGGAAUCGUCAUCCUGAUGAUUGAUGAACAGGUCAGUCCUGCUGUUGGCAAAGCGAUUGUUCAGGGAAAAGCAGAUCCCAUCAAUUCAGCCUUUCACCUGACCUACAACAUGGUCCUAAAUCUUCUUCGAGUCGAGGAAAUCAACCCGGAAUAUAUGUUAGAGCGAAGUUUCUAUCAAUUCCAGAAUCAAGCCUCUAUUCCCGAUCUCUAUAAUAAAGUCAAAGAACUCCAGCAAUCUUAUGAUGAGAUAAAAGUCGAAAAAUUCACCGAAAUAGCUUCUUAUCAUGAGAUCAGGGAACAGUUGGAUAAACUGGGAGGGGACUUCAGAAGUUACUUAACCAAACCAGAGUAUAUAGUACCAUUCUUACAACCUGGCAGAAUGGUGAAAAUUAAAAACGAACACACCUUCGAUUGGGGAAUCGUAGUCAACUUUAAAAAGAAAAACUCGAAAAAUCCGACUGAAAGCGCUGUUAUAAUCGUCGACAUUCUUCUCCACAUAUCGAAAAACAGCAAAGAAGACGCUCCAAUUCCAUGUGCUGCGGGUGAAGAAGGUGAAGUUGAGGUUGUCCCAGUUCUACACACCUUGAUAUCACAAAUAAGUUCUCUCCGACUGUAUUAUCCCAAAGAUUUGAGACCUUCAGACAAUCGUAGAAGUGUUUUAAAGACAAUUCAGGAAGUGAAGAGACGAUUUUCAGAUGGUCCUCCACUUUUAAAUCCAAUAACCGAGAUGAGAAUAGAGGAUUCAGCAUUUAAAACGAUUGUGAAAAAGAUUGAGAUAUUGGAGGAGAGACUGUAUGCUCAUCCUCUGCACAAGCACGCGGAGCUUGACAAAAUUUACGAUAAUUUUUCAAAAAAGGAAGAAAUGGGUAAACAACUGAAACAGGCCAAGGAGGAGCUGAAGCAGGCAAAGUCGGUUUUACAAAUGGACGAAUUAAAAUGUAGAAAACGAGUUUUACGAAGAAUGGCUUACUGCACAGCUGCUGAUGUGAUUGAGCUCAAGGGACGAGUUGCUUGUGAGUUGAACGGCGCUGACGAACUCCUUCUCACUGAGAUGAUUUUCAACGGACUAUUUAAUUCUCUCAAUAUACCACAAGUUGCUGCCCUAUUGAGUUGCUUUGUUUGCGAUGAAAAAUCGUCAGAAAUGCCAAAAGCCACUAAUGAGUUGAGUGGACCUUUGCGCCAAAUGCAAGAUCUUGCUAGGAGAAUUGCUAAAGUCUCAUCAGAGGCUAAUCUGGCUCUUGAUGAAGAUUCAUAUGUUGAAAGGUUUAAGCCCUUUUUAAUGGAUGUUGUGUAUGCUUGGUGUAAAGGCGCGAGUUUCCUUCAGAUUUGUAAGAUGACUGAUAUUUUUGAGGGAUCGAUUAUUAGAUGUAUGAGACGGUUGGAGGAAGUGUUAAGGCAAUUGACACAAGCUGCCAAGAAUAUUGGAAAUACAGAUUUAGAAAAUAAAUUCAGCGAGGCUAUUAAAAUUAUGAAACGUGAUAUCGUCUUUGCGGCCUCGUUGUAUUUAUGAUGAAAUUAUUAAGGAUGGAUUUCGUGUACAUAAUGUAAAGGAUUUGAGAAAUUGAAACUUUAUUUGAA